AUAUGUAGAUUAGAUAUAUUUUUUAUAAAUGAACCAACACUUCGUCACGCUGUGUGUCCUGUGUGUCCUCAGGUGAUCCUGAAGGACCUGGAGGACUGUGAGGCCCACAUCACAGCGCUGGAGACUCUGGUCUCGUCCAGUCAGAGCAGCAGGACUCAGUUGGAGAGGCUCUAUGCCGAGUGGAAACACCUGCACAAGGCAGCCAGGGUGAAGGUGCGCGAGAGCGAGGAGAGUAUCGCAGAGCAUGAGAGCUUCCACGACAGCCUGCUGAACGUAGAGAAGUGGCUGAUGAUCAUGAAGCAGAAGCUGGAGUCCUUCUACAGCCCCUCAGGGGAGUGGAGCGUAGAGAGCCGCCAGCACGAAGCUCAGAGAGCGCUUGGAGAGUUUCCUGAGAAGGAGCUCCAGCUGCAGCAGAUGGAGGUCCAGGGUCAGGGGGUUUUGGAGAGGACCUCAGAGGAGGGACAGGUCCAUAUUCUGCGAGACAUUAAGCGCCUACGAGAGUCCUGGUUUUCCCUGUACAAUAUGAGUCUCAAUCUUCACAGGCUGCUGAACAGUUCCACAGAGCAGACACAGUCUGAGUCAUGGAGUGUUGGAGGCCUGUCUGCAGACAGCGCAUCCCUGACAACAGAGCUCAGUCUCGGGGAGGGAGCCAGUCAGGGCAGGGCAGGAGGCUCCAUGAGCCAGAGAGGCCGACAACGAGACAAGCCAGCUGGGAUGUACGGAGCCUUGGCUGGCUCUGGGUCUGGAGGGGGGGGAAGGAGCCUGGAGGGAGAGGCGGCAGAGGGGGUGACGACUGGGCAGGGUGGUCGGAUCCAGGGCCACGGUGAAAGUCAUCUCAUUCUGGCCGGACAAGACGAUAAACACGUGAGCCCAUCAAGGACGGGCGAGGACAGCGGACUCUCCUUUAAAGGAGACCAAGUUGAUUCCUCCGCUUGGAGAAUUCACAGCAGAGCAGGCCAGAAAGGUUCCACUGAAAGCCUUGACAGAGUUAAAUCAACAGGGGGCGGCAGCAGCAUCUUGGCUGGAGACAGAGAGGGAACAUCGCUAACCUCAAAGGUCAGCUAUAGUGAGGGGCUAAGAAUGAGCUCUGGUGAAGGCAGCGUGGAGGCAGGAGGAGGAGCGUUCAUGCUGUUCAGAAGGGACCCGACCAAGCCAUCAACAACACCAACUCAACACCCAGUGGGGGGCACAGGAGAGUACAGAUCCAGGAGGAGGGAGUUUGAGGCCUGGCUGUCCAAAGAGAAUGAACUGCUCUCAGGGAUCUUCAGCAGCAAGGGAGCAACACUCGGCGCCAAAGAAGUCAAGAUCCGACAGGACACACUCACGGCUCUGAGGGCAGGAGUGGGCUGGGGUCAGGAGCAGUUCCAGCUGUUGCUCCAGGAGAGUCCGGGCAGCGAGGCUGGUUCUGGACCAGCAGAGGAUGUGAGUCUGGAGGAACUCCGCUACCGCUGGAUGCUCUACAAGUCCAAACUAAAGGACGUGGGAGACGUCAGGUCCAGGGCCAGUGCCAAGGUGAGAGCAGAGCCUUCUUCUUAGCAUUGUGGAUUCACAGAGGAUUCCUUUUAAAUGCUUUUUGUGUAUGCAAGCAAUAAUCCUAAACAGGAGGUAGAGAAAUCUCAUUGCUCAUGGGAACCCUGGCAGAGCCAACCAUUGUACUUUAGUCAACGCUAAACUCAGAAAGUCCACUACACAUUCUUCAGACUUGGUCUUGAUUGCUCUCAUUGGGCCUCAUGCAAGAAACACUUUGAUUGGUUCUUAAGUGGUUUGUUUGAGUGAGUCAGGAGAACAAGCCACAUGCACUCACUCCUAUGACCAGACCUGUCAUAGGAGUCAUGUGACAUCAGUCUGCUGCUAUCCAAGCCUCAGUCUUAUCACUAAUCCAGAGAGGGUUGUCCGCCAAACGCAAGGUCACCGGUUCGAUCCUCGGCUGCACCGUGUCCUGUGUCGAAGUGUCCCUGAGCAAGACACUGAACCCGU